CACUGACAUUUGACAUGUCAAACGGGUGAUACGUCUCUCUUCAGAACCUGCUUCUGCAGCGAGAAAAACAAAGAAAAAAUGCCUCGUCUAGUACGGCAGAGGCCUUUGACCGAGCGAAUCAAAUCCUACUUGAACCCGCUCGAUCUCCUACUAUGGCUCUCCGAGGAGCUCAACUCCAACGACUGGGAGCAGUUUCAACGGGACUGGGGAAUCCCAAUAGGGCUUGGGUUGAAUAUCGUCAUGAUGAUAGCGAAAGCCAACAGUGGAAGCUCCAGUAUAGGAACAAGAGCGGACGACGUCUUUGGCGACGAUGGGAAUGGUAGCGGGUGGCUACGCUGGCUGGCAACCUUCAUAGCACAUUCUCUCACUCUAUUCUCCCUGCUCAACGCCUUCUACACAUUCGCUCGCAAACGGCACUACCGCCUGUUCGAAUCCCCCAUCGACCAAGUGCCCAGCACCCCCUCCGCGCAUCGCGUCCGUGUAGAUUCGUCUCCAGUCUCGUCAUCCCCCUUACGCUUCCUAUCGCAAAUGAUUACCGUCCCUACCGCUGCCUCCCGCGCACAUCCAGACGCGACACGCGACGUAUGGGAGCUGGCCAUAUGGGAUCCCACACCAAUAUGCCUGCGCCUCUUCUGCGUCUUCAGCCCGGGCCAUGUCCUGAUCUACUCUCUUUUCCUACCCGUCGCAGACCACGACCCGAGACCCAGCACGACCGUGCUUACCGCCAUGGUUCUCACGGGCCUACUCUCAGCGCAGCUCCUCUUCCUCCAGUCGUUCUUCUCCCAGCAGUCAAAAGACUCCGCGCUCAUCCACAAGGAAGUCCUUCACGAAUACGACACCAAAUUCGUGCACCCGCGCUUGACCCCGCAAGUGCGAGACGUUGGCACCCAGUAUACCAGUACUUCCAUAGCCACCGACGCCAGUAAUUCCAAGUUCAGUAUAAAAUACGACCUGUACAACAGCGUAGACGCCUCUCCCGCUACCACAAUCAUCAACCGCGGGUUCCAAACAAACCCGAAUCCCAAUUACGCCAAGCACGUCGAUCCAGACGGCGUCGCCGCCGCCUCAUCAUCAUCAUCUUCUUCGACAUUUCCACGCAGCUUCACAUCAGGCCAGAGAAUGGGCGGCUCGUUCGCCACGCCCGGCCGCCCUGGUCCUGGUCGGGACCAUCCAUCUUCAUCCUCUUUUACGCCCAUGCGGAAUUACAAUAGUACCGCGAUGCGUCAGCCCCAGUUCCGCCCAGUCCCAAGCGGUGGCGACGGCGGAAGUCUCGGCGUAUACUCGCAUGCACAGUCUCCGUUGCGGAAAUCUGCCGUCACUCAGCAUUUGGCGGCCCCUCCUUCUCUCGACGAAAACAGCGGGCUUAAUCGGAGUAGAAGUAUGCAUAAUCUGCAUCGCUCGAAGCGCGAAUCAAGUCCGCUGAAACGCGAAUCUAGUCCGUUCUUAAUGGAUGGACGUGGCCGUUCUGGAUCAGGUUCCGGUUCCGGUUCAGGAUCCGGCUCAGGAUCAGUAUCAGGAUUAAGUCGGCGAUUACGUCUAGAUCCGAUGCAGGCAAGACGAGAGACUGGGAGGUUUUAGACCUUUGUCUUAGAGUCCGCUAGUACUCC